ACACAAUAAUCUAUUGACACUUUUAAUUAAGUGAAAAGACGCCUUGAAUUAGUUCAAAUAAAUAAAUUGCAUCUAAUAGGAAUAACAACUUGGAAUGAGAGUAUUUUAUCAAAUGGCAAAUUGGGUCAAAUUAAAAACAAACAAAAAGUAUAGUAAAAAUAAUAACUUGUUUUUAAGUCUACAAUGCAUUGAAUAUUUUAUUUUAUUUUAUUAUCCACGUUUUCCAAAUAAAGCAUGAAAUCUUGCAAGAUCUGCACCUACAACAUAAAUACAAUUUAUUACAGGCAGCAAUCAAAGGCUUGUUUAUUUGGAUAUAAUCACAUAUUCACAAUAAUAAAAACGAUGUUGCCCCUCAUUGAAGCUUGUACAUAUUAAACGAAAUGUUUAAAAAAAAAGAAUAUCAGACAAGAUAACAUUUAUUGUGGAUGUUGUUCAGGCCCUUCCACAGUACAGAUAUCUCACGCUUCCUGACAUCUCAUCAUCGCCUCUCACUCUCUCUCGUUGUUUUAGGUUAAAUAUGACCUGCUGCCACGAGAGGAGUCAUUCACUUUUGUUUGUACAGCUAUAAAAGCACUGAGCUAUUGAAAAGUCGUAAAAUAAAGCGCGCAAUCCAUCAUCCCGCAAUGUGAUGGUUUUUAAAUGAUCCUUAUAGACUUUCAGCGAGACAUGCCGCGAGAAAAAUACUUUGUACAUAAUUAUAAUACGCAUAGCGAUAGGCAAUAAUACAUUGUAUAAUUCUGUAAAAUAAACAACACCGUUAACAUAUGCUGGCUAUAUUGUAAAAAACAUAUAAUUAUUUUGAAUUUACAACGCUUAGUUCCACACUUGAAACCUCUUAAAGUCUACCUUGAAGUCCAGCUUCUAAAAAUAAUUACAGCCUCGAUAAAGGAGACGACAAGAAAUAUCUCCAAUUGCGCGUCUUCUUCUCUUCCUCCUUGGAAGAAAGACUCAGACAUCAGCGCAGAGAGACGAAAUGUGCUCCACAUCCCGAUGCGUCCGAAAGAGACUGCCGCACACGACUCCUCUCCAUCCCUCCCGGUCUGUCCAUCGUGCCGCCAGAUUGCAGACAAAUAAAAGAUGAGCAAGAGGCGCUUGAAGCCUGGACGGAUGAAGAAAAGAAGCCAAACGAGCCCGCGGGUUCACGCUCGGACGCCUCCUUUGUGACACUUUUUUCAGCACAUAAUAAAUAAACGUGCUCUCUCACAAAACGUCCCGACAUCUGUCUCAAGCACGUCAGAUUUUUUUUUUUUCUUGUCCUUAAAUAUUUGGCAGACUGGUGUGUGUGACAAAAAAAAGCUGUUGAGCUAAUUGAGUCUAAUGGUGGUUUAUUCAGUGACAAAAGGAGUUCCUUUUUUAAAGAACUGUUUCUUGUCUCAUUGCGAGUAAAUAAUCUUAAUUUAGACAGAUUAUGAGAAAUUAAAGGUCCCCUCUACGUGUUGUACACAUGAUUAUGUGUUUGCCCAUCUAUCUAUUCAGGUGUCAGCUUCCUCACAACCUUUCGGGUAUAUCAACUGUGUCCUUUUAUCAAAGGCGAGCAUUCACAGCUCAUAUUGAACUCCACUUUCCGCCGAAUUAAUUUCCUCACACACCAUUUAUACAAAGUCCCUCCCUUCUUGACAGUUAGGCCUAAACACUAGCAAAUUACCACUAAUUUACUGAUCUUACUCUGAUAUUUGCAAUAGAUUCGGUACUAAUUACAUAAAAGCCUAAUGGCCUUGAAAUUGAGCCUGGUUAGAAUUAUAUAAAGUUUGUUGUUUGUCUGACUGGGAAAUCAAGGAUAUUGGAAGAGGUUGUCUUGGUCUCCAAGAGGCAUUUAGUGUCGUAAAGAGGUCGACAAUAUCAUCAUGGAGACACAACUAAUAAGUGCAGCUUCAUUUUAUAAACUGAAGCUCAUAUUCAAGGUGUUACACAUUAUAUUACCCAUACAGUGUGGGAUGUGUUAAUGCAGCCAUGUGCCUUCUCCUCAUAUGAAUGACUCCUAUUCUAUAAAAACAGAACAGCAUGCACAAUUAAACAAAUAUUGUGGUGAUCCAACAUUUCUUGAACGGGUCGAAGCACUCACACAGAUAUUAAAUCAGGUUAUUUUAUUGGAUGUAAUUUGGAGGAGAAAUCAAAGCCAAUUACAGGAAUGAGGAGGAAUGAACUUGUGGAUGUGAGAGGAUGGAGGAGGAGGGUGCUGGGGGUCUCGGGCUGAAGCUGACAUACCUCAGGCUUCAGCUCUGAUUGGUCCUCGUUUGGAGAAGCUCAUGGGUUCAUUCCGUCGUUAAGCGCCUCCCCAUUUCUCUAAACUACAUUAUAAUGCAACGAACCUCCCUUUUAACCACAAACUGAAUUUGCUUUCAUUUAGGCUAUAUAUAUUUCUUAAAUAGGUUAAAGUCAUAGAGAUUUUUUUUGGAAUAGCACAUCGCCCUGGAGCGGUGCGCAAUGCUAUCUCAUGCCGACCUCCUGGAUGCUCGCCUCGGUGAGUUAUCGUCACCAAACUCCGGUCUUCAACUCUACUGGAUGAAGGAUGCCGCGGCGGAGCUUCUGGGCCACAGGGAGGCUUUGAAGUGCAGGCUCGGCGGAGGGGGACCUGACCCAGGACACUCCGGGGAGCUCGGCCCGGGGCCGGAAGGCGUGGAAGGGGCCACGAUGCUCCCGGGUGAUGAUAUCAGCAGCGGCGGGGGAUCCAACACGGUGCAGGUCAACAGCAAAGAGCAGGAGAAGCAGCAGAACAACAACAACUCCAGCCAGUCUGGAGGAGGGCAGCAGAGCCAGAGUCAGAGCCAGAAACAGAAGCGGCACCGGACCCGCUUCACCCCGGCGCAGCUCAACGAGCUGGAGAGGAGCUUCGCCAAAACGCACUACCCAGAUAUCUUCAUGCGGGAGGAGCUGGCUCUGAGGGUCGGCCUGACGGAGUCCAGAGUGCAGGUCUGGUUUCAGAACCGACGCGCCAAGUGGAAGAAGCGCAAGAAGACCACCAAUGUCUUCCGGUCUCCGGGGACUCUCCUGCCGACGCACCACGGACUGUCUCAGUUCCCGUCUGCUGCGGCAGCAGCAGCAGCCAUGGGCGACAGCCUCUGCUCCUUCCACGCCAACGACACCCGCUGGGCCACGGCAGGGAUGCCCGGCGUGUCCCAACUGCAGCUACCGCCGUCUCUGGGCCGCCAGCAGGCCAUGGCACAGUCCCUGUCUCAGUGUAGCCUCGGCGCCGGGCCGCCGCCCAACUCUAUGGGUCUAUCCAACAUGUCAAACGGCUCCGGGCUUCAGUCACACCUCUACCAGCCCACUUUCCCCGGGAUGGUACAAGCGUCCCUGUCGGGCCCUGGCAACAUGAGCCACUCGCCUCAGCUGUGCACUUCCCCGGACAGUGAAGUCUGGAGAGGGACAAGCAUCGCCUCGCUGCGCCGCAAAGCGCUGGAGCACACAGUAUCCAUGAGUUUCACCUAGUGACGAGGGGCCGCGACGAGACGAGAGCUUUUCUUUAACUCACAUAGAGAUCUUCUGCAUUUAGUUCUUAUUCAUACAAUCCAUCCAAACGGUGCACCAGGAGAAACGCAACCAGGAUACUUGUUCAAAUAAGAAAUGGCAGAGCACACCUGGCAUUUUUUUCCUCCCAAAUCACAAACAAGAGGAAGCACUGAAGCUAUUUAUCCGGCCUGUUGGCCUUUAUCAAGCAUAAGACUGGUUCUGUUUUAAGCUAUAAUUUAUUAUUUCGCAUGUAGCCUAUGGCAACUAUUUAUUUGUCUAUUUAAAUUAACUUAUUUGUUCUGUAUUUAUUUAUUUAUUUGGCACAUGCAGCCCUGGCCUUUAUCGUUGCAGGGCUUUCAGUGACAUUUGCUUGGUGACUGACGGUUUUUGAAGACAAAUUCUGUGGAUACUUUUAAAUACAAAAACUAGGUUACAGAUCCCUUUUCCACCUGCUGCACAGCAUGCAACUCUGAUGGGCCAAAGGGAGGCACAGUGGACGUGCAGAAACAAGACACCUGGAGGUUUAAAGGAACAUGAGAACAUGAAAGAUUCACCUGAAGAGAGAAGGAAAGGGAUUUGACCGGAAUCAGGACAUCAUGGAAGAGGACUUGACUGCAUGUCCAAGGCAAAAAAAAACAAGGGAAAUACUGUAAAUUAAGACAUGGAAACUGAUUUACCUAUAAUCUGUUAUAUAGGAUGUUUUGUGUAGCGGAAGCACUCUUGUUCCCAUUUGGUCAGUUUGUGAUAACUUAUGUUUCCAAAAUUACGUCUGUGCUUAUUAUCAAAUUCUGACUUUCUUAAAUGUUUAAAACCAUUUUGUUUCAUGGACAUGUUUAUAUCAAUUAAAUGUAAAUGAUCAAAUAAAAUCAUUUUCAAUUAUGUCA